AUGACCUUUAUUCAUCGUGCGGCGACUCGGCUUUUAAGACAAAAGCCGGUGUUUAGUAGUAUACCUUUUAGGAAUUCGUAUAGAAUUGGCGGUUUAAGAGCUAAUAACUUCAUAGGCCGCAAAUAUGCUACUGAAACGAAGGGUGACAAUGUUGGUGUCGUCCAAGCUGUCAUCGGUGCUGUAGUUGAUGUCCAAUUUGAUGAAAAAAGUUUACCACCUAUUUUAAAUUCCUUGGAAGUCCAAAGAGAUGGCGGUCGUCUUGUGCUUGAGGUUGCUCAACAUUUAGGACAAAAUGUUGUGCGAACUAUAGCUAUGGAUGUAACAGAAGGACUUGUUCGGGGCCAAAAGGUAGUAGAUACUGGUUCUCCAAUUAAAAUUCCAGUCGGUCCAGAGUGCUUGGGUCGUAUUAUCAAUGUCAUUGGUGAACCAAUUGACGAGCGUGGACCGAUCAAAACGAAAAAAAGUGCCCCUAUUCACGCAGAAGCGCCUGAAUUUAUUGAUCAAUCAACAGUUCCUGAAGUUCUAGAAACUGGUAUCAAAGUUGUUGACUUGUUAGCACCUUAUGCUAGAGGUGGUAAAAUUGGCCUUUUCGGUGGAGCAGGUGUCGGAAAAACCGUCUUGAUUCAAGAACUUAUUAAUAACAUUGCCAAAGCUCACGGUGGUUAUUCAGUUUUUACUGGAGUCGGUGAGCGAACUCGUGAAGGGAAUGACUUGUAUCAUGAAAUGAUAGAAACUGGUGUAAUCAAACUUGACGGCGAUUCUAAGGCUGCUCUUGUUUUCGGUCAAAUGAAUGAACCCCCCGGUGCACGUGCCCGUGUCGCAUUGACUGGACUUACCCUUGCUGAAUAUUUCCGAGACGACGAAGGUCAAGAUGUCUUACUCUUUAUCGAUAACAUUUUCCGUUUCACUCAAGCUGGUUCUGAAGUGUCUGCUUUAUUGGGUCGUAUUCCUUCCGCUGUAGAUAUGGGUGGUAUGCAGGAAAGAAUUACAACAACUAAGAAAGGUUCUAUUACUUCUGUUCAAGCCGUAUACGUGCCAGCAGAUGAUUUGACAGAUCCCGCUCCUGCCACAACUUUCAGUCAUUUGGAUGCUACAACUGUCUUAUCCCGUUCCAUUGCCGAACUUGGUAUCUAUCCUGCAGUAGAUCCACUUGACUCAAAAUCUCGUUUGCUGGACCCUAGGGUCGUCGGUGAAGAACAUUAUCGAGUUGCUACAGAUGUUCAAAAAAUUCUCCAAGAUUAUAAAUCUCUGCAAGAUAUUAUCGCCAUUUUGGGUAUGGAUGAAUUAUCUGAAGAAGAUAAACAAACUGUCGAACGUGCAAGAAAAAUUCAAAGAUUUUUGAGUCAGCCAUUUGCUGUUGCUCAAGUCUUUACUGGAUAUGAAGGUCGCCUAGUUAAGCUAAAAGAUACCAUCCGUUCAUUUAAAGAAAUUCUUGAGGGCAAAUGCGACGAUCUACCGGAAGCCGCUUUUUAUAUGGUUGGCGAUGUUGAUGAC